CUGUCAGUUGAUUGAUAGAUGUCAGAGUGGGAAGUUGUGUGUCAGGGAGUGUGAGUGUGUGAACCGAGAGCGGAUGUUCCCUGCAGGCCGGUGUGGCCAUGAUAAUCUGUUCCGUGAUAAUACGGUACCACAAAUGGCGACGAGGAUUGGCGAAAGAUUGUCCCAACGCCGAAGGCGACAUCGAAGAAUGGUGCAUCGUGGAGCUGCAGGGUGACCUGGAGGUUCGGGGCGACCGUAUGAUGGACGGUCAGUUUAUUGGCGAUCUGCUGUACAACAAGUACGGACAACCGAUCCUCAUCAUCGGUCACCACAUCCUGCAGGGCCGCUGUCAGAAGAUCGACAAACCGCUGCUGGUCAUGGAAAAGUGCUCCACCCGGGGCAAACAACAACAACGGAGAACCCAGGACGACGAGGAGGACAACGAAACCAUGCUGGAUGUGAGCCAGGUCAGCCACCUGGACAGUUCGAUCGCGUCCUCCAACCGAACCGUGCUCGACUCUACGGUGGCGGUGGAGCACAAAACCGUCCCCAAGACGGAGUACCUGGUGCGGGCGGUCGUUCGGCAAAAGGUUCUUUUUAAGGCGCGGCCAAAGCCAAUCAUUGCGAACGUAGCUAAGAGUGUGUGA